AUGGAUCCAGCACACGCUGAAUUUGAUGUCCCUGCUGGAGGUAAUAUAAAAGUUGUCGAUGAUGACAGAAACUGGAACAAACGACUCCGUCUCAGGAAAGCUGCCGUUCAGCCCCCAGCAAUGCAAAGUGAAGAUAAGCAUGGGCCAAAGAAGAUAACAGAGGACAAGGAGAAAAGCACAGAGCAGACGUAUUUGAAGAAGACGCCCCUUAAAGCACAAGAGAGUCAACAUGUGACAAAGGUUUCUGGAAAUAUACUUGGGUUUAGAUGCUCUGAAUGCAAGGACAGCACAGAAUUCAGCCCUAAUGAUUUACUGAGGCACUUUCAGGAGACACACCCAGGAAGCCAACCAAUUUUUCCUUGUGACAUGUGCAGUUUUAUUACACAUGAAUUCUCCCGCCUUAAAGUCCACCAAUUAGGCCACAGAGACACUUUUGUCAGCUGCAACAUAUGCAAUGACAAUGUCCAGCACACUCUCUUGCAGCUCACCACACAUUUAAACAUGCACCACAGCUUGAACGGCCACUACUGUUGCGAGAAGUGCAAGUUCUCCACAAGAGAUGUAGGAGCAUUUUUGGAGCACAUGUAUCUACAUAACAUUGUGCCGCAAACAGGUCCUGCUGACCAGGAUUUGCUGAGACAUCUCAUGGCCAAAACAGCACAAAUCCCCUUCAGUUGCCAGUUCUGUGACUAUAAAUCGCAUCGAAAAGAUAUCAUCACAAAGCACAUGGCCACCAUUCAUGAUGAAGAGAAGAGCCAGAAAAACAACCCGAAAAUGAAAGAUGUUGGUCCUAAAACAGUAGAUAACUCAUCUCUACGACUGAAGCACACAGUGACAAGGAGUACAGUGAGGGAAAAUAACUGGAUGUCACAAGGCUGUCUUUCUCUGCCGGGGGAAGGAUUCCUGGAUAAAUAUUGCAGACUGUCAAAUCCAGAGAGGGCUUUGGAGGAGACCCAACUAUUUUUAGAGAAGUCUGUGGCUGCUGAAACAGGUGGGCAGACAUGGAGCGAAGCUCUUAAGACUGUACUUUCAAAUGUACCCCAAGCCAUCACUCCCUUUUCAAACUCAGACAACUGCAUGAUAUCCAAUCCUGGAUUCCCAAACACAGACAAAGACCUCACUGUCCUCAUGCUCAAAAAUAAGAUUUCAGUUCCUCCGGAUGUCACUACUGAAGCGAUUGGUUUCAAAAUGGUGGAAGGCAAAAAACAUUUGGUUCUCAAGGUUACACCAUCAGCAAAGCAAGAGACCUCUGACACAACAAAGACGUCAUUGUGUGUCACUGAGCAGGAAUCAGAGAAGAUUGCUUCUCAAACUAGUGCUGGGGACUCCAAUGCAAACGGAUGCCAAUCAAAUUCAAUUAUCCCUCCAAAGACCACGCCACCCAGCUGUCCAGAAUCAUUCUUGACACAAAAUGAUGUUGCCACUAUUUCAACCCUAAACAAGUUAGUAGAAUAUGAUAAAACUCAAGAAAAUAGAGAGAACCAGGAAACAAGGGUUGGCCAGGAACACAGAGAACACCAGAGAAAUGACGCAGAACCCAAAGAUGUGAAUCACUGUGAAGAUACGGCAAAGGACAUCAAAGUGUCGAAGUUGACAAUGGAGAAAAGUGAGAAAAAGCUAAAAUCAUUUCCUGAAGCUCUGUGCUCUUCCAAGACAAUGGGGGACAAAAAAAGGAGGCGAACGAAAGUGGUCAGCCCUAAAACUGUAGAGAAAAAAUCAUCACCAGCAUUAAAGCUCCUCCUGAAGAAGAACCCGGUUAAGGAAAUGCAGUGGAUGUCACAAGGUCCUCUUCCCCUGUUAGGAGGAGGUUUGCUGAAUAAUUACCACAGACUAGAGCACCCACAGAAAACUUUGGAGGAGACGCAGCAAUUUCUUAAAAGGGCACUGUCAGCGGAAAAUGGCGAAGAGAAACAUACCAACUCCAAAGUGGUCACUAGGUCGUCAAAGUCAGAGGGAGGCCUUAUUCCAAACCUUGGAAAUUUCAGCCCCAGAGGUAACAACCUUAGUGCCCUCAUGGUAAAAAAUAAGAUUUUAGUUCCUCCCAAUUGCACUACAGAGGCCAUGGGUUUCAAAAUGGUGGACGGCAAAAAACAUUUGGUUCUUAAGGUUACACCAUCAGACAAAACAGAGGCAUCCUUGCAUUCCAUUGAGACAAAGGAAGAUAACACUGCAUCUGAAAGUUGCACUAUGAGCCAGAAAAGUUUAGUCGUUGUCGAGAAAAGUCAGCCAAGUUCUAAAAUCCCUCCAAGCAACCCAACAAAGAGUAGCCUAGAAUAUCAUUUUGAAAAUGUGGAGCUUCCAAACACUAAUGUCAGUUCUGAAAACACAGGAGGAAUUAACAAUGGCAUGGAUUCUCAUGUCCUAGAUUGCCAAGAUUGUCCAAGGGUAGGCCUACCUCAUGUAUCUAAUGGAGCCAAAUCAGCUGGAAAUUAUUUGGGCCAGAUCAUGGAGGAGAAGUUGGAGGCUGUGAACUGUCAUCAGCCUGACCUGGAAGGGGUUGGAACUACAGAAGCUCAGGUCAUCAUGAUGUCUCCCUCCCCCAUACUAAAUUUCCUUACUUCCCCACAAGGUAAUCAACACUAUCUUCCUGAAGUUAAUUAAACCUGAUUUGUUAAAUGUAUUUCCCUUAUUUACUUCUUAUUACCUGUCAUGCAUGAUUCUGUCCAUGCCAUUCUGCUGUAUGGAUAGACAAUAAAUGGAGUGAACAUUAUUGUAGCAGUUUACUUCACUUUUUAAUGGACUAAUUGUGAUUUGUUCUCUUUUUUAAUAUUUCAACAGGUAUAACAAACUGGUCAGAGAUUCCGGUCCACACUCCAGACGUUUGUUCUCAGGACUUCCCUCCCAAUACCACACUAAGAUAUGGAGGAAAACAGGAGGGCUUUGACAGGAUUUCCCUCUCACCACAGCAAAGUGAACAUACAAUCAGAGGAAAGAGGCAGAGUGAACUGUCCACAGAGGACUCUCCUGAGCCCCUCUCAAAAGCCAAUAAACCCUCCAGAAAAGUUGUGGGAGAAGAAGAGGCUUCACCAGCAGCGGUGCAUCACUGGGAGCCAGGCCCUAGAGAUGUGGAGAGGACCCUGAAGCUAUUGCCAUUAAGUCCCACUCAACUCAUUACACGUCCAAGGGGAGACCAGCCUGUUGUAGUGCUAAAUCACCCAGACACAGACAUUCCCGAGGUUACAAAUAUCAUGGAAACAGUCCACAGGUACAAAGGGGAGGUCCAAAAAGUUGUGCUGUCUCGAAAAACAUUGAAGGCCCUUGCAGGCAUGGGUUGUGAUAUGUUUAGGGCGAAUACCUGCACCUCUCAUCAACGUGAGUGGCCUGAGAGCAGAGUGAAAGAGAGAUUCAUCUUGAAAUUGAAGCUGAAAAAGAUGAGCAGAAAGAAGUACAAAGUGGUGAAUGCAAUCUCCCACAGCACUGAGCCGCCAUUAAGAUUUAGCUGCUGGUUUUGUGGCCGAGUCUUCAGUGAUCAGGAGGUCUGGAUUGGACAUGGCCAGCGCCAUCUGAUGGAAUCUACUAGAGAGUGGGAUAAACUGGAAUGUGAAAAGUCCUAA